GUAUUCGAAGUACUGCUCUGCGCAUGCGCUUAUGACUGUGGGGCGUUAUGACGAUUCGCCAUACUGAUUUUGCGAUAAAACGAUUAUACAUCUGACGAAAUCAGUAAAUAUCCAAUUAAUCAGCCUUCGGAACCGAAAAAGAGUGGCGUAUUUUUUCGAGACGUUAAUAGUCUUUUGGAACAUUCCGGUGUAUAAUUCUUAAGUUGCCGUAGACGGUUAAUAGCAACGGUUUUUACUGUGAAAAACUGUUUUGGUUGAUUUUACUUAGCAAUUAUGACUUCCAAAGAUGAUGAAUACGAUUAUUUAUUUAAGGGUGAGUCGAGAAAUUUUCCAAUAUAGUACUAAUUUACUUUUAUUAAUGAUUAAGUUUAGUUGCGUAUUACCUAGUCGAAUCUUAGUCAGCUGAUUGUUUGUUUUAUUUGCAUAUUUUGGGAUACCAAAAUACAAUAACAACUUAGUAAUGACAAAUUCAACCAACUAUCCUUUAAAAGUUAUUUCAUAGUUAUAAUUAGUUUAAAUUUAAAGCAAAUCUUAGUUAAGGUGUGAGUCAUACGAUCAAUACAGUGACUCAGUGGUGUAUUUACAAGCAUUUCGUCACAUCUGCCAAGUUGGAAGGGAAAUUCAAUGCGACAGUGUAUAAAAAGCUUACGUCCAAGAAAUAGUUUAGUGCAAUUAUUAAUGUUAAACGAGAUAUGACCGCCUACAAUCAAAUUGUCUUAUGCUCGAAUUUGGCCGAAGUCCACUCGGAUCCUUUCAAGUAUGACGAACUCUGGAAAGUUGUACUAAUUGGAGAUUCUGGAGUAGGUAAAUCUAACUUGUUAUCGAGGUUCACCCGAAACGAAUUUAAUUUGGAAAGCAAGAGUACUAUCGGUGUAGAAUUUGCCACCAGAUCAAUUGAAGUCGACAGGAAAAUUAUAAAAGCUCAGAUAUGGGACACUGCAGGCCAAGAACGAUAUCGAGCUAUUACAUCGGCCUAUUACAGAGGAGCUGUGGGCGCCUUGUUAGUGUAUGACAUUGCUAAACACCUGACUUACGAAAAUGUUGAAAGAUGGUUGAAAGAAUUACGCGAUCAUGCAGACAAUAACAUUGUUAUUAUGUUAGUCGGCAAUAAAAGUGACCUUCGCCAUUUGAGAGCUGUACCGACUGACGAAGCCAAGUCGUUUGCAGAGAAAAAUUCGCUUAGCUUCAUCGAAACUUCUGCUUUGGAUUCAACAAAUGUCGAAACUGCUUUCCAGCAGAUUCUCACUGGUUAGUAAAAAUUUUUGUAAGGCUACUAGCCAUAGUUUUAACCUACACUGGAAUCGCUAAUAUUCAAAAGAUAAGCUGACCGUCUGCAUCUGGUUAAGUUUAACGAAUGUGCAAUUUGGUUGUAAAUUUAUACUGAAAUUCAAUCCUUAGGGAAGACGCUAAAGAAAAACAAUCGUUUAUUCAAUUUAUUCGUCAAUAACAUGCUUCGGGGAAUUAAAUUUUAGUUUUAGUGAAUGCAAAUUAUUUAAAUAUUGUUUUGAAGGAUUUUUUUCAUUUUUCCUUACUAUAUCCUUAUUUCAUUGUUCAUACAGAGAUCUACAAAAUUGUAUCACAAAAGCAGUUGAAAGACAACGUCGAAGACGAUAUGCAAACUAAUCGCAUGGAGCCGAUUCAUGUCGGACCAACGCAAACACAUACAGAAGAUAAGAAGCCAUGUUGUUCUUGACACUGAAAUUUAGGUUAAAUAUGAAAUGUGAAGCAAAAAAAGUUCUAUUCGCUUAACAAUGCUCUUCAUUUUACAUGGUUUUUUUGUACACAUAAGUUUAUUAUCAUGAUAAAUUGCCGAAAUAUGCAAAAUCAGUGUGCACUGAAAGAUAAUUUAUUCAUAUAACUUAAAGAUUCUAUUCGUUCGACACGCCUCGUUUAAAAUUCAGAGAAUAAAGCGAAUUGCUGCGCUUUUAAUUUGUGAGAUCCGAAUUUUUUCUUUAAAAUCUAUUCCAUUGUCACAUUGUUUUAUUGUUAAAAUGAUUGUUUUUUCCCAUUCGACAUAUUCAUAAUCAUAGUCUAAAUAUCAAACAAUUACCGCCUGUGGCAUUAUAUUGUUCCAAACUAUGAUGUCCGAUAUGAUUAUUUUUGUUCUGUAUAACAAGGAAAAAUAAAUACAGGAAAAAUUGAUAAAUGGAUAAGUAUUUAUUUCGAAUGUUAUUUAUUGUGUAAUUUUUCAAAAUAUAUUCAAUCAAUAAACUGAAAUACAAUUCGUAAUUUUAUUAUAAAUUUUUGUAACUGGAUUGUAUGAGCGAAAGAAUGAGUAUAAACAUCAAGUUAACUUUUACCAGCGAAUUUAAAGUAACAAACGAAACUCUUUAAUAUUGUUCCCUUCUUCUAGCAUACCACCCCAAACCGGCACAUAGCAAGACUACACCUAUUGAACAACCAACUAAAAUUGCCAAAACAUCUCCUCCAUCUAAUGCCAAAACAACUUGAACUUGAGAACAUAAAAUAAUUAAUAAUAAAAAUAAUAUUCUAGCAGCCAUAUUCAUUGUCACGUGUCAGGUCGUUUUUAUAAUAGAGCACUUAAUUUAAAAUUAAUGUCAUUACACCUCCUUUUUUGAAAUAUUUUGUUGUAAAAUGUAGAAUUUUAUUACUUUUCUAGAUAAAAAAUAUGGUUUUUCUACUGUAACAAGUAAACUUUUUAUACCGAGAAUAUAGCUUUAAAAAAAUCUUGUUUUUGCCGAACUUUACAGCUUG